GGGAGCCCGCCGGCUCGGCUCGGGGCCGGGUGGCGCCAGGGAUGCGGCCCCGGGCUCCGGCCAGCGCGUCCCGGGGAGCCGCGUCCCAUUGGACGGGCGAAUGGAUGGAUGGACGGACAGACGGAUGGAUGGACGGACAGAUGCGGAGGCUCCGGUGGUCCUGCUGUCCGUGCGAUCCCCUCUUCCAUUGCAGGCCGACUUCGGAGAGGAUUUGCUGCCGGCGUUGGCCUCGGCGUUCCUGAGGGAUUUAUGCUGGGAUUAAGGAUUCCAGCCACUGAGUGAAGCUCAUCUCACCACAGCUGGGAGAGGCUGGAGCCCCAGCACAGCGAUACCUGAGAAGCUGCCCCGAUUCUGGCAGCACUGCCUGUACCUCUGCCCGUCGGCAGCUUUCCAAGCUGCGUUAUCAGCUCCUCGGCAAGACUGGAGAGGUGGCGGCCGCUGAAUGACCGGCAAACGCUUCCAGGGGGCAGGAAGGCAAAAGCUCAUUGGGAUAAUUAGGUGGCAAACAAGCAUUUGGGAUUGGACUGGCAGGAUUUCUCUGGCCUUGACACCUGCCUUGCUCCUCCGUGCCUUUGGAUCCGGUGUUGCUGGCCAGCUCUGUUCCAAACCACUGGUGAAUGUGAGGUGCUGGGGGGGGAUCGCCCCCCUCAAGGCUUAACGGCACCCUCUGGCCCACCCCCCUGCCUGUGGUAUUGGGUGCUAUAAGAGGAGGCAGGGAGCACUGGGACAAGGGAGAUGGUUCCGAAACGCCGAUCCCUGUCUCCGGAGCUGGCGGUGAAGCUUGGGGAAGGCACUGGGAUACAGGGCUAAGCCAAACCCGUCCCUGCUCUGAGGGACUGUGGGUGAUGCUGGUGGGGGAGCUAGCAGCUCCAUACCCGGUUCCCGGUGGGAUACACUCCGUUCUCUGGCAAAGCUUCUUGCCAUGGCUGAGCACUUGGAGCUGCUGGCGGAGAUGCCAGCGGUGGCACGGCUGAGCACGCCGGAGCGGCUGAAACACGCUCAGAAACGCCGGGCCCAGCAGCUGAAAAAAUGGGCGCAGACAGAGAAGGAGAUACAGGGGAUGAAGGUGGCAGCUGAGAGGAAGAGGAGGAGGAGGAAGAGCAACAGCCAAGGGAAGAGGGUGACAUUCCCCGCCAGUGUCCAGCUGUUGGAGGCGGCGGCCCGGCAUGAUGCUGAGGAAGUCCGGCAGUUCCUGCAGAAUGGCAUCAGCCCCGACCUCUGCAACGAGGACGGUCUCACCGCGCUGCACCAGUGCUGCAUCGAUGACUACGGUGAUGUGGUGACAGUGCUGCUGGAAGCGGGGGCCGAUGUCAACGCCCGUGACAGCGAGCUCUGGACGCCGCUCCAUGCUGCUGCCACCUGUGGCCACCUCCGCCUGGUUCAGCUCCUCAUCCAACGUGGUGCUGACCUCCUUGCCGUCAACUCGGACGGGAACAUGCCCUACGACCUGUGUGAGGAUGAAGUGACCCUUGACUGCAUUGAGACAGCCAUGGCAGAGCAGGGUAUCACCCAGGAGAAGAUUGAGGAGGCUCGUGCUGCCACCGAGCACAGCAUGGUGCAGGAGAUCCGGCAGCUGGUACAGGCAGGGGCUGACCUGGACGCGCCACGGGGACACGGCGGCGCCACGUUGCUGCACAUCGCGGUGGCCAACGGUUACAUGGAGGCGGCUGAGCUGCUGCUGGAGCACCGGGCUGGCACCAGCGCCAGGGACGAGGAUGGCUGGGAGCCCCUCCAUGCCGCUGCUUGCUGGGGGCAGGUGCAGCUGGUGGAGCUGCUGGUGGCUCACGGUGCCGACCUCAACGGGAAGUCGGUGCUGGAUGAGACCCCCCUAGAUGUUUGUGGGGAUGAGGAGGUCCGGGCCAAGCUCCUAGAGCUGAAGCACAAACACGAUGCCGUCAUGAAAUCCCAUGAGAAACACAAAUCCUUGCUCCAGCGCCGCACCUCCAGUGCCGGCAGCCGUGGGAAGGUGGUGCGGCGGGUGAGCGUCUCGGAGCGUACCAACCUGUACCGUAAGGAGCAUGAGCGGGAGGCCAUUGUCUGGCAGCGCACCGAGCACCGCGACAGCGAGGAUGAGGACCGGCAGACGGACGCCGAGCUCCGCUGCCACUUGGCCGAUCCCACGGGAUUGGCGCCAGCAGAGGCCCCCGAGCCGCCACCACAGCGCAACGGCACAGCCCUCUAUUCCAAAAAGUCAGAGCGUGGCAGCGGCGGCACUGCGGUGGACACGGGGGUGGAUGUGGCACGGGAGAAAGCCCACCACACCCUGGCAGACCUCAAGCGGCACCGGGCAGCCUCCAAGCUCCAGCGCCCGCGCCCCGAGGAGCACCCGGCUGGGGGGGCGCCCGGCCCACCCCCAGCCCCCGGCUCCGCAGACCCCCCGCUCCUCAAGCUGACAGCGCCGGCUGAGGAGGCGCCGGCCGAGAAGCAGCGCUGCUGUAAGGUGAUGUGAGUGGCUGCGGCACCCGUGGGUGCAGCACCCAACCCCCUCGGCGCUGCAGUGGCCCUGGCCCCUCGGCUGGGGGGUGUGGAGUGUUUUUUGCCUCUUUUUGACUGUUUUGAAAAUGGGGCCUUUUUUUCUGCCGAAAUCAAAGCCUUGUCAUUUUGCACCA